AUGGGUAGGGCUGGCACGGGCAACGACGUGUCCGGCUGGCGGGUCCGCCGCCGUAUGGAAACAUUGGAGCUUAAUGUGCCGGUACGUGCGAAAACAAGGGGGGCGACGUGGCCGGCGAAGAAGCUUCUGGAGAUGAUAGCAGUGACACGCGUAUUGUUUGUCAACCUAAAACCGACCUGUGAGGGUUAUCGAGUUGACCAGACCCGACCUGGGAGAGCCUUCGACUAUGGGGUGCGAUGCGACUGUUACUGUGAGCCUGUGAGGUUGCGACCAGUGCGGCAAUGCGGCUCCAAGGUUAUACGUGAGGUGGCUGUGCAACGUGACCGGUGUGGCAGGGCGGCUCCGGGGAAGGAGGAUGAGAACUCCUUAUUCUUUAUGCUAGCACUGUCAUUACCUUCAAAUUUGCACUCGCCACCAUCACCAUUUUCCUCCACCAAAUGCCUUGUCUUCCUUCUCCCCGUUACACCUGUGUUGUGCACCUCAUUUCAUUUCACAUCAUUUUGUCGUCAUUUUACCCUUGCUUCUGCUAUUUAUACGACCACACCCUCAUUUCUCUCUCUUCAAUCGCGAAUAAUGGCAUUUUCUCCUUCCUCUGCUCCAGGGCUCUUUCCACUUCUUGUUGCGGUCAUUGUUAUCCUACAGCUCCAAUCCUAUGAAACAGAGGCGGGAGGCUUGGCUUUACCUCUUCGAACCCGAAAGCUGCAAUCUUUGUCGAUCCCUCAGCCGCCCAACAAGCUCCGGUUCCACCGAAACGUAAGCCUCACCGUCACCCUCGCCGUAGGCACCCCUCCACAGAACGUCACCAUGGUUCUCGACACUGGAAGCGAGCUCUCAUGGCUUCUCUGUGACAACGGACCACUUUCCAAGUUCCGCCCGACGGCUUCCUCCUCUUACACCCCCAUCCCCUGUUCCUCCCCAACCUGCAAGUCCCAAACGAGAGACCUUCCCAAUCUAAGCACCUGCGACUCCGCCACACACAACUGUCACGUCUCUCUUAGCUACGCCGAUGCCUCCACUGCCGAGGGCACGCUCGUCUCCGACCUCUUCCUCGUCGGCAGCCAGCCCGCUCGCCGCACGGCCUUUGGUUGCAUGUCCUCCGCCUUCUCUGCCGCCGCUGGUGAUACGACGGCAGCCGGCAUGCUUGGAAUGAACCGUGGUGCUCUUUCCUUCAUCGCUCAGACCAACACCCCUCGCUUCUCCUAUUGCAUCUCCGACCGCGAUGCCGGUGUUCUCCUCCUCGGAACCGCCAACCUCCUCCAUCUCAAUUACACUCCGCUCGUCCAAAUCUCCCUCCCACUCCCAUACUUCGAUCGCGUCGCCUACUCCGUCCAAUUAGAAACCAUACGCGUCGGAGCUAAAACCCUUCCAAUCCCCAAAUCAGUUCUUCUCCCAGACCACACCGGCGCCGGACAGACCAUGGUGGAUUCCGGCACUCAGUUCAGCUUCCUGCUAGGUCAGGCUUAUGAAAUCUUAAAAGAUGAGUUUUUGAGACAGACCAAGGGCGUUCUGACGCCGGAGCCAGGGUAUGUGUUUCAGGGGGCGUUCGAUAUGUGCUUCAGGGCGACGGCCGUGGCUGCGGCUGCGGCAGUACGGCGUAUCCCGGCGGUGGUGUUGGGAUUCCAAGGGGCGGAAGUGGCGGUCGACGGCGAGCGAUUGUUGUACCACGUGGAAGGGGAGAGGAGGGGAAAUAACGAGGGUGUAUGGUGCUUCACGUUUGGUAAUUCGGAUUUGGUGCCCAUGGAAGCGUACGUCAUAGGCCACCACCACCAACAAAAUGUUUGGGUCGAGUACGAUCUCCAGAACAAUCGGGUCGGGUUCGCCCCGGUUCGAUGCGACCUCGCAAGCCGAAAGCUAGGUGUGAUGCUGUAGUAGUACAUUGGAAGUUGGUUCGAUUUAAUGCAAUCUAUCUGUUGAUGAAAGGAAGAAGGAGAAGGGUGGGGUUGGAUAUACGCGUCUGUGGUAGUUGUAACUUGUAAUGGGCUCGGGUAUAUUUAUAGUGGGAAUUGUACAUUAAUUUUAGGGGUAAAUCUGUAAUAUAAGGUGAAAUAUUACUAAGUUUUGUUCCAUAGGGGACCAAAAUUUUUAAUUUUGUCGUGAAAUAGAAAUGUGAUAAGUUUUGUAGCCAAUACGACUAUUUUUGAAAUGGAAAAUGCUUUACAGCUUGAAAUCA